ACCAAAACGCCCCUUUUUUGCUGCUGGCUGAAUGAUAUUGAAACCGGUUGGAAUACCUUUAGAUGCUAGAUGUCAUUCCUGCCAAGGCACAAGUGGGACUACCAUGCACACAACCUCAAAUAAACUUUUUAAAGGACUUUAAUCACCAGGCAUCCUCAACAAUGUUGCUUGAGUUGUAUCUUCGCUACAGCCUGGUCAGAAAUUCCUCCACAUAUGGAUUUGUCUGGGAGAAGUUUGAUUUUGGCACUUGCACACAUUUUGAAAGGGGCAGAUCCACAUGGGCUUGCUUGUCAUUGCUGUGCUUUGCUGUGGGGUUUCCUGCCUCUCUGCUGAUCCUCUGGGCAAUGUUUCAGACCCACAGAAGAGGAGCUCCUUUCUCACCAAAUGAUUUUUUUAUCCUGAAUCUCUCCAUUAUGGAUGCAAUCUUCCUGGCCUUCAUUCCACCAGGAUUAUUAAAUCAUUACUUCAUCCAUACUUGGCCAUUUGAAGCGCUUUGGAAUAGUGUUUAUGCCUUGAACACAUGUGGGAGACCCUUCCUAAUGGCUUGUAUGUGUUUUGACUGCUACCUGGCUGUGGUUCAUCCCAUCUUUUAUCACAAGAGGAAAAGUCUGACUCCCAGGGUUGUGUCUGCAGCCAUCAUUUGGAGCCUGACAGCUGCUAAUGGGAUCAUAUACUUUCUCUUUUACAGGCUGUACUUCAGCUUUUUUCCUGUUGCAACCUUUGUGAUUUCACUUGUAAUAAUCGGAUUGUGUGACGGUGUAAUCAUUUACAGUUUAGUCAAGUCUGGCCCUGGGAGGAGAAACAUCCACCCUCAGAAGCAAAGGGCCAUUCAGACUCUGGUUUACAGCCUGGCCACGACCACCCUUUCCUACCUACCUCCAGUGAUCCUGUAUUCUAUCGGGAUGCCUCUCACUGGUACGUUUGAGCUGUUCGUCUGCACCAUUGCUCUUCCCAUCACCAUCACUGCCACCAUAGGCUCCACUGUGAUGCCUGUGCUUUACUUAUAUAAUGCUGGGAAGCUGAACUGGGCCAAAAUUAGAUCCUAAAGACACUGAUUAGGAUUGAGCACAAGGGGGAACCCCAUGGAUCCAGACUUGAUGCCAACAGUGAAGUGUCAAAAAAUUCCUUCGUAACCCUAACCCCAAGAAAGAUUAACUUUAUUCAGAGUGAAAGUGCAGAAAGUUUCGUCUUCUGCAUGACUUUUGUUCCAGCCAAGAUAAGGUAGCUAGUUUUAUUAUGUCUCCUUUAUCAGGGAACAAGGCCUUGUGCCUGUUCAGACAGAUGGGAUGUUUGUGUCUGCAAAUUAAAAGUUAAUUUCUGGUCAUUUGUGAUGUAAAUACUGGCCUUUGGGCACGUUACACCCAGAAUGAUUCAAAAUUUUAAAUUCGGAAUCCUAUCAGUCCAUUGACCAGAAGAAGAAGCUGCCAAAUACCAAUGAAAAAUGAUCCGCCGGGAGUGUUUGCACUCAUACAAACAUGGAAAAUGUGCAGAGGCAUUGUAAAGCCUAAUUUAUACUUCUCCGUCAGCCCUGCAAGGGAGAGAUGCACACUCAUUGACAGAGUCGUUUUGCUCUCGUACUUGUCUGUCAAUUGGGGAGUGUUGCAAAGCAAUUCCCCUCCAGGACAACAGAGGGUGUAGCGCUUUUCUGUGGUAUCCUUCCACCAUUACACUCAUGUAUCUGGUCCGUGAUAGUUACUAUUGUGUUUAUGUACUUCAGCGACUUUAUAACAGGGAGGGGACAAAUUUGUCCUUUAUUUUCCUCUUUAUGCUGUCACCACCUCUAAACCCAUGUUUCUCGUAAUCUCCGUCCACGUAUGAAACGAUUGCUCCAUAUUUUUUGUUCUCAUUUAGCCACGGAUGAAUAAGCGUUCAUAUUUUCUGACCUUUUCCAUGAUGUGUUCUUCAAUCUGUUCCGUGUCUAAAUAUCUUUUUACUUUUUAACAGGGCAAUGGUGAUGCGCUUGACAAAUUUACAGGAAGCGGCGUCCUGACCAAUCACAAGCUUGCAGUCUCCUUUUGACAGAUAUUUUAAGAGUUGGACAUUUCUCUGUCACUCUCUGUGAGUUGUCAGAAAGCCCUUGCACAGAUAUAUAAUGGCGAUGAGUGUCUCCACAUCGACGCAGACGGAGAAGUAUAAAUCAGGCUUAAAGUGUGGCUUUGGUUUAGAAAGUUCAAAGAUUUAAAACCUAUGGAGAAGUUCAAACAAUUUUAUCAAAUAAACUUUAGGUUAGCUGGCUCAUUUAAAACAUGUAAAGUUUUUCAAAUGAAUCGUGAUUGAGAGUUGCUAGAAACCAGAAUUAAAAACAAGGAACUGGAAUCUGAAUCGUUCAAAUUCGAGCGUGCCCAACCUUAACGGUGACUGAUCGUUUGCAUCUCUCUCUGUUCUUUUUUUUUUUUUUUUUUUUUUACAAUAAUUUAGUUUAGAACUUUUUCAGAGAAGUACAAAUUAUUUAAACUCAAUUCUAAUAUUUGAAAAAUAAAAAUUAUGGAAAGUUCUGAGUUUUUCAUCAGUUUUCAUCUAGGUGAUUACUAUUUUGUUUUACCUUUAUAGACAAAAGAUUAAUGAUGUAAUCUGUGGAAAUCAAGUUAAAGCUGCUUUAGCGAAUUUAAAGAACACACUAGGAUUCUAACACAAACACGGUCACGUCUUUCCGGUAUCUUCCUUGAGAUGCUUCUGCCGGAACAGGAAAUCCAUAUUGCCAGAGGAAACGAGAGAGUGCUAAACAUUGUUUUCUACAUCCAAUUAUCUUUUGUCUUCCAUUAUUUUAAAUAGUGUUUUUUUUAAGGAACUCUGGUAGUUUGUCCUAAAGUUGAAGUGGUAGCAGCCGACUGUUUCUCCUCCUCUGAUAUUAUUGAGCGAUGAACCUCUCACACCAGUGGUGUUCUGUUGUUAAAUACGUAAGUGCAUGAUGAGUGGAGGACCCAGGGAAGUGCAGUGGUUCGGAGAGACGACAAUCGGAUAUCCAAUACUUGCUUUUAGUCUGAAACAAGGUUUUUAGACAAAUGCGAAUGAACCCCCCCCCUCCCCCCUUUUUUUCAAUUUCCACAAUAUAUUUAUAGCUAUGAUGUUAGAACAUUGUUAAGAGGCAUGAAAACAAUGUUUUAUGCUAUUUUGUUUUCCACACUUGUCAUUGUAGCUUUAAGUAAACUGUAGAAACAUGUCUUUGCUAACUGUCACAAAAAAGUUCUAGAAUGUCUGGUCAUUGCCCCUGAGAGCAUGGUUCUCUUUUUUAGUCAAAACUUGGUCAUUUAUCUUCUGCCAUCAAGACAAACUUAAGGAAUUUGGGUGAUGUUUUUGACCCAUCAACGUCUCUUGAAGGCAACUCAAAAACCCUGGCAAGAGACUCUUUUUAUCACUUAAGAAAGAUAUCCAUAUUGCGAAGGUUGGUGUCAAAAUACGAACUUGAAAUAGUUAUUCAUACCUUUAUCUCCUCCCGUCUAGAUUACUGUAACACACACUUCACACGUUUUAACAAAAAAGCCCUUGACCGCCUUCAGUUGGUCCAGAACUCUGCAGCAAGGCUCCUAACUGGAGCAAACAGAAGAGCACACAUCACUCCUAUUCUAAUGUCUCUGCACUGGUUACCCGUUAACUUUAGAGUUCAUUUUAGAAUCCUGACUAUAACUUUCAGUGCUCUACAUGGUCAAGCUCCUCCCUACAUUACUGAACUGUUAAAGCCUUAUGCUCCAACCUGAGCCCUCAGAUCCACCCACCAGAACCUUCUAGAAGUUCCAAAGACCAGAUAUAAAAGUCAAAGUGAUCAGUCCUUCCAGAGUGUUGCACCCCAACUUUGGAACGAUUUUCCUUUAUAAUUACAUAGUAUUGAUAGUCUCUUUUAAAAAACAGCUGAAGACCCUUGUAUUUAAAGCUGCUUUUACAUAAAUCUUUUGUUUUCUUAUUUUUAACUGAAAUUUGUAAUCAUCUUUCAUUUGUUUUAAUUUGAUGACUUUAGUUUUUUGAUGUUAAUCUAUUUUUGUUUUCAGAUAUUUUAUGACUUCAUUUUGUUUUGAUCUAUGUGAAGCACUUUGUGUUUCUAUGUCUGUGAUGUGUGGUGUAUAAAUAAAAUUUACUUACUUUCAGCCGUUAUGCUGAAAAUGGAGUUCCAUACUUUUGGUCUACCUCUGCUACUUCCAAAAAUGUCCAACAGGGAUAGCAAGCCACAAAAUUAUGUACAUAUAUUUACAUUUACAUCAUAUACAUAUAUUUAUAAAGAAUAUGUCAUGACCAGAAGCCACAGUUUAUGUGUGCCAAGGCACAAAGUAACACACAGGGGAACAUCAGAGGCUUUUCAAAUCCAGUGGGUGUCUUUCCUGAUUUUGUCCACCUGGAAGCAGCAACGAACACACUCCCUGAAGCAGAAAGUCUUCCCUGCCUGCACCUAGCAACUAUUGUCGCAUGAUUUUGUGAUUGGGUGAACUAGUUAUGAGUGACUUUGUGAUUGGGUGAUGUGGUUCAUAUCUCAGCCUACAGGAUGAGUACAGACUUGUGUUUCUUCUUGACUCUAGCUUAUGGUGUGUUUGGAUUUCAUUAUGCUUCUGCCACAGAUUGAAAGCACAAAAGUGGCUUCAUCUUGGCAUGAAUUAUUUACCUUAAUUGUCUUACUUGGAUAAACAUGUUAAAUCACUACUGUUAUGUUACAGUAUGUCCCCUUUAAAAGGUCCCAUUCACACCUUUUAAAUAGAAGGUUCUCUGUUAAGCAGGAGUAGGAUUGUGGGGUUCCUCGAGGCUUCAUCAUGGGCACAAAUUUGAUUUCAUUGAGAUCAAUUUUCUUAAA